CUACACACACACACACAUCAGAUUCGGUUUCAUUUCUUCACAAAAUUUGUCGUAAUUAUUUUUUUUUGGUAAUAGAAACUUCAAAAAAUACAAAAAAAAAACUAAGAAACACGAUGCAGCCCGUACAAAGUUUGCUAACAAAGGUCACGCGAUUGGGCAUGAUCCGCAUCGUGAAUCAAACAGCUUCUCCGAUCAUCAAAGCCAACCCGACCAGGUGGUCGGUGCAGAGCCAGCAGUGUCGCUAUGUGCAGAGGGUGGAGCAGUACCGCAGGAAAACGACCACAUUGCAGUCGAUGCGCGAGUUCUUUAUGCAUCCGCUGACCUGGGAUCGCAACAAUGGGUAUCUGAACGUGGUGCUGGCGCUGGCGAUCUUUAGCUUUGUGUUCAUCAACUCGUGCACGCCGUGCCCGGAGGAUCGAGUGCCGCGACACAAGAAAAACGAUGAUUGAAAGGGGAACAGCUGAACUCACCUGGAUUGCAGACGCAGACCAGACCCGAGUUGGUCGAGUGGCAUUUGGCGUUCAUAUCGCAUAGGGUGGGAUUGUUUAGGCAGUUCUGCUCCUCGAUGCAGACGUAGCCAUCGCCGCGAUAGCCAGCGAUGCACUGGCACGUAUAGUUCGCAGGAUCCCUAAGCGAAUGGGCAAAUGGGAAAUGGGAAAUGAGAAGGGGCUAGGGUAAACAGGCACCUCUUACUCACUCGGUGGGCUCGCAGGUAGCGUGAAUGCCGCAAUUGUUGCGCAAAUUACAGGGUAUGGGUAUGCUGAGACAGCCGGCCAAGGCGUCGCCCUGAUAGCCAUCGAUGCAGUCACAGAACUGCACGCCCAGCGCCACAUCCCACUUGCAGAUGGCAUUGGAGCCGCAAUAGACGCUGCCGCAGCGUCCGGUGGGCACACAGCGAUCGCUCACAUCCCGCUCGUAGGCGUCGUUGCACUGGCAGACGCCUCCGUCGCAAUGGGCAUUCUCGCCGCACUGCUCCGCGCCGUCGCACUCGGGGGCCAGCUGGCAGCGAUGUCCGUCGCCCGUGUAGCCACGCUCGCAGACGCACUCGGAUUUGCCCAGCUGCUCGUUGUAGCUGCAGGUGGCAUGCGUGUCGCAGAUGUCGGGUUUCUGGAAUGGAAUCGAACCUCAGUUUAGAUUGGAUCUUGACGGAGACAGCUGUAGGGCAUAUUACAAUUGCGCAGGACUCCUCGAUGGGAUCGCAGUUGUAGCCGUCGCCGCUGUAGCCCUCGUUGCAGGUGCAAAUGUGACGCAGCUGAUGCUCCCACCAGGAGCAGCGGGCAUUGAUAUGGCAAUUGGAGUCCACAUCGCAGGGCAACAGAUCCUCGCUAUUAUCCACAUCGUAGCCGCCCGCAUAGCGGCAAGUGCGACUCUCCUCGCUCAGCUCGUAGCCCUCGGGGCACGUGCAGUCGCCCAGUAUAUUGCAGCGCGGCUCCACCUCGUGCUCGUCCAGCAAUAUGGGCACACAGCGUCCAUGCUCGAACACCUCAUCGUGCCCGCAGAUAUUCGCACAACUGUAACCAUCUCCGGAGAAGCCCUCGCGACAGCCGCAACGUCCCUCGUAACAGUCCGCGUCCGGCGAGCAACUCUGCAAGAAAAACAAAUUUUUUUAACUGAAAACCACAUUGAACUCAAGAAAAAUAUAAUUAUCGAUUCCUAAA